AUGGACACCAAGAUACUAAAGAACGGUACGGUGCUCGCCUUUGACGAUGCCACCGCAACCAUCAAAGUGCUUCCACAAGCACAUGUUGUCAUCCAAGGCGACUGUAUCACUGCCAUUCUCGACCCACGCCAGGCUGAUGCUGCCAUGUUUUCCAGUGCCAAAGUCCUUGAUGUGAGCGGUCACAUCAUCUCUCCAGGCUUCGUCAACACUCACGCCCAUACAUGGCAAACAGCAUAUCGCACCCUGGGUCCUAAUACCACGCUGGCAGAGUAUUUCGGCUGGGUUUCGCAAAUUUCACCUAAAAUUGGGGAAUGGACUGCUGAAGACAUCUAUGCCAGUACCGUGGAAGGUUAUCUUGAAGGCAUCAACGCGGGAGUGACUAGCUACCUUGAGCAUGCUCACUGUAAUUGGGGAGAGCCAGUCAUGAAAGCUGCCUUUGAAGGCGCUGUGGACAGUGGUGCUAGAGUCUGGUGGUGCUAUCAUCCCGUUCCACGAGACGACUUUGAUGUUACCAAGCAAAUCAGUAUUCUUCAAGAACUCAAGGCACAAUCAUCGCAGACACAUGAUUUGAUCCGCAUGGGACUUGCUAUGGAUGGCUUGGAUCAUAUGUCAGAUAACCAAAUUCAACAGACAAGGCAAGUUGCGAUUGAUUUAGACGCCGAAGCAUUGACUUCUCAUUAUCUUGGGAAACCGUGGCCCUUUGCAAUUGGUUUACCAGGGAUUGCCGAAAAGCAUGAGUUUCACAAGCUCCGUGCUCCCUUCAUCUGGUCCCACGCCGGGUUCCUGACGGAGAAAGAUCGGGAAUUACUACGUGAACAUGAUCAAUAUGUGUCAAUAACUCCCGAAUCAGAAAUGCAUUACGGCCAUGGCCAGGACACGAGUCGCCUGAUUCAUGAUCAAGCUUCGAUCGGCAUCGACACAAACUGGACCUUUUCCAAUGAUAUCCUUCUCCAGGCUAGACUGUGGCUGCAAAAUAUGCGCGGCCAUAUCUCAACCGACAUCUUGAAACGGGGGAAUAUCCCCAAGCAGAAUCCGAUGUCUGUCGUGGAGGCAUUCUUGCUUGCGACUCGAAACGGUGGUCGUUCACUCCGUCGGGAUGAUAUUGGAGUCCUACGGGUUGGGGCUAAAGCAGAUAUCGUCUGUUUCGAUGGCAAUUCCGUGAACAUGUUAGGCUGGACAGACCCUGUUGCAGCUGUCAUGCUUCAUUCUAAUGUUGGCGACAUUAAGCAUGUCUUGGUCGGCGGAGAAUUCAGAAAGAAGGACGGGCAGCUGAUCUUGAAAUCGGGCGAAUGGGAGGACAUUUCGAGGCGGUUCAAGAAGACCUCUCAGCGAAUUCAAGAAGUCUUCCGUGAUCCGCCACCUCUGCCUGCGCAUAUAUGGGACAAAUAUACAUUCGAGGAUGUGAAGGUUGGCACUGCCAAAUUGACCAAAUGA